AUGAAUUGGAACAGAAAGUAUUUGGAGUACUCGACCCGUAACCGGAUCUACUGCUCCUCGCGACGCUGCGGAGCAUGGAUCAGACCAUCGGACAUCUAUCGCAGAGGGAGUCGCAAGUGCGGCUCCUGCAGGGUAUGCGGAACUGAUGUGUGCUGCUCUUGCAAAGGGAAAUGGCACUCGUCAAGAGACUGUCCCGACGAUGAAGACACCACAAGAUUUCUUGAGCAGGCCAAAGAGGCCGGCUGGCAGCGAUGCUACAAGUGCAAUCACAUGAUUGAACUCGAGGAAGGCUGCAACCAUAUGACAUGUCGCUGCGGAGCGCAAUUCUGCAUGAUUUGCGGCGUCAAAUGGAAGAACUGCGACUGCCCAUGGUUCAAUUAUGACACGACAGACGCGGAUAGGCUUCCCGACGUACAAAUUCCGGCAGUGAUCCAGCGGCUUGAAAGGCUGGAUUUGACCAUGACAUCCAGGGGCAUGCGGCCGGCGCUUCGCUCGGGGCCGUCACCUCGGUCUCGGUCCCAAGAUUACGAAGACAGACUCGUUCGUAGGUUUCAAGACAACCGUGACGACGACACGCGCAGAUUUUUGAGUUACGGAGACGACGACGUUCUUGACAGAGGAUACGGGGAACUUACUGGCGCCAACACAACGAUUGGAAACUACGCAAGUGAUGAUUAUCGCAGAGAAGCUGACGACGUAUUCGUAUCCGGACCACCAGUGCCACCCGCACCAACGCCACCGGCGGCUUUCGAGCGCCCCACGCCGACCGACUACAUGUCAGGCGUCACCCGGGCACGAGGCCUCCCUCAGGAUACGAUGAGCCAACGAGACUCGAUGGGCCAGCGCCUGGCUGAGCGCUUCUCGGAGUUCCGUUCCAGCCCGGGCAGCCCCUCCCGGUCGGGGAUGAUGGGGCCACCACCGCCGCAUACGAUUUCGCCUCUCGGGCCGAUGACGGCGUCCCCCAUGGGGCCCCCUCCUCCUUUGACGGCGCCCCUAGGAAUGGGGCACCCGCCGCCAAUGCCGAUGCUUCGGCGACACACUAUGGAGGAGGAACUGUAUAACAGCGCCAGAACCAUGCGACCCUCAGAGCGAGUAGUACAUGGACGCGUGGCUCAUGACUACGAGGCAGAGGCAGCGAUACACGCCACGCCCAGUCGGCGGCGUCCAUACGCGGAACCCAAGUCUUCAACGCUCGCUGGCCUCACAGGACCCGGCCGCGGGAUGAACCGGGUGUUUGAGUGGCGGAAUCAUGUCCACCCAGGAGACCCGGAAGACGGUUCCCGGGCAUAA